CUCUCUCUGUCAAAUGAAUAAAUUUUUUUUUUUAAAAAAGAGGUACAAAAUUACUUAACAGUGUCCUUGUAAUAAAAUACAGUAGUGCGUUUAAUGCAGCCAUCUCACUGCAAGCUGAUAGUUUAAAGCACAGAUUAGGAGCGCCUGUGUGGCUCAUUCAGUUGAGUGUCUGCCUUGGGCUCAGGUCAUGAUCUCAAGGCUCCCCGCUUGGUGGGGAAGCAGACGCUUCUCCCUUUCUCUCUGCCUCUCCCCCAGCUUGUGCUCCCUGCCUCAAAUAAAUAAAUAAAACCCCUUUAAAAAAAAUAAAGCACAAAUUAGUAAAUCCAGUUUGAUAAGGAGCCAGAAAAAGGUCAGUUACUGUCUAAAAAUGACACCAUAUAAACUUUGAAAUAGUUCCAAUGAAAGGUGCAUAACUUGAAUGUGGAAAGUAUGGUCUCUAAAGAGUCUACGUAGCAUAGCAAGAGAGAAAACUUGGCAGAUAUAAGAUUAUAAGCAUCUAUUUGCUAUAUAAAAAUACUUUUUACUGUGAGGUUGGAUUCUGAGGAUUGUUAAAACAAUCUUCAAAAUUUGAAUAUUAAGUCCAAAAGUAAAUAUGCCACAGUUAAAUGAAAAAGUCAUAGUACAUGGGUAUGUCUCAUUUUACACAAUGGAUAUAAUCCUCUGGAAAUGUUUUUUCAAAAAACGAUUUCUUUUCCUUUGGAUAUACUAAAUACUCAAAGUGUGUUUGCUAUUUUAAAUAGUACAUAGUCAGUCUACAUGAUUCUUUAUGAAUUUAAGUGAAUUUUGUGAGUUAAGAUUUUCCUGUAUGUUUUCUAUAUGUACAACAUAAAGGUGGUAAUGAUUUUCUAGGAUCUCCUGAACAGAUUUUCCUCUAGCAAAUGCAGAUAUGGUCGGGAAAUGCAGGUACAUGUCUUUAGUAACUUUGUUAAAGCUUGAGCCAAAAGUAAAGAUGUCCUUAGGUCAGACCAAAUACUUCAUGCCCCAGAAUAGUUUUAUUUUUUGUAGGUUUUGUUGGGGCUGCCUGGCUUAGUGGGUGAGCACCCCAUCCUGACCACAAGUGCUGAUACCAGCAUCUCCCAGGGAUCUGUGGAGCACUCAGAAUCAUUCAGUAGACCUUCUGUUUUUGUAAAUCAUACAGCAAAGCCCCAUGAAACUGUAGCUGGUGCAUUUAUAUAGACGACAAUGGGAACGGUUUAUAGGGGCACCGAUUCAGAGUAAUUGGGGAUCACUGUAGUGUACACAUGUGAGUGUCAGAUUAGGUCUGGGACUUGCAAUCCGUCAUCAUUACAGCAUCAUUCCUGAGAGCCUGUGGGCAAGAUCCUCGAAGAAAUUGAAGCUGGGAGCACGCCCCGUAAAAGAGCAAACACCGGAGAGAGGGCAUUGGAAGACCUCAGAGGAAGGAAGACCAAGGGCGCUCUGCUUGUUCGACCACCCUCGAACUAGAUUGCAGCUCCCAUGAACCCCCGACCCGGUUCUGUGGCUGAGGUUCUGGGGUCUGCGCCUGCCUUCCGCGGGCUCGCGGUCGGCGGCCCUCGUUGGCUUUUAAAAGGUGCCGCCCCGCGCCGCCCCGGCCACCGCACUGGACUUCGCUGGUGGGAGGGGGCCGACAGGCCGGCGGCAGAGGCGCAGCCCCCUCCCCCACGCACCAUGAGCAUUUAUGACAUUAACAGAGGACAGGACUAUGUCGAGAAUUCUGGGGGUAUACUUGGUGAAAAUGAAUUAAGACCACCCUCCCAGCUACAUUCUCUCUUAGAGAAGACCGAGCCAGGGUUCAUAUCAGAAAAGAUUUUUGAGACAGUGUCCUUGAGUUCAGACUCUCUCUUCCAGAGGGCAGUUUCAAUUCUUCAUACUUCUUACUUGGACUCUGCAUCUGAGCAUGGUUUUCAGUACAGUCAAGUGACUUUGGUGAAAAAUGACAUUUUCUUAAAUGAGUACAAAACUUUCUACCAAGAAAAAAAAGCAAGUAAUUAUACUCAGGAAGAACUUCAAGAGACUUACGGGUUUCUUCUGUUUGAAACUGAAAAUCAGGCAAAGUCAGUAUGUCAGCGCGGACUCUGUGUGGGCUGCAGUACUGUUACCACGCUUGGUGACCCAGCCAAAGGUGUGUAUAUUUCCAAAUACUCAGACUAUCUUCAUGCAAGACCAUGGUAUCAUGGGAAGUCUGGUUAUGUUGUAAUUUUUAACCUAAUUAAGGGAAGAGUCAAGUUUGUGUCUGAGAAUUAUACCACUAACUAUACUAGCCCAUCUUCUGGCUAUGAUUGCCACGUGGCUGCAAAUACUAACAAGGUUUCUCACAAGACGAGUCAUUUUCGCGCAUUUGAACUGAGUCAGUAUUACCUCUAUGAAGUUUCAGGCAGCUCUGUUAUUGAGCGACCCAGGCAGGUCUGUCCUUAUAUUAUUGUAGCUUUCCAGUACAGGGAGCCUAAAAGGAUGGCAGCAUCAGCCCAUAAAAGCAUAUUUGAACUCAGUGAAAAUGCUCUGUCCUCUUCGUGGCAAGGCAAAUUAAUUGUUCAAGGCUGUCUACUGUGUGAUAUAACUCUUUGGUCCUCUGACGGUACAGCUAUUCCAACACAACUACCACACGAACUAGAUUUUAAGUAUGUAAUGAAAGUGUCAUCUUUGAAGAAAAAACUACCAGAAGCUGCCUUUAGAAAACAGAAUUACCUGGAGCAAAAAGUCUGUUGCCGAGAUUUGUGCUUCAGGACGUAUGAGGUGGAGCUGGUGAACAAACGCGGGGGAGAAGUAGAUAAACUAACAGAGUACAUCAAAAAUAAGCAAUUGGCAAUCAUCAAAUGCUUAGAAGAUUCGGGGCUUUUUAUCUUAUUUACUUCGUCAGCCUUAAUACCAGAAACAAAUUUCAGAGACGAGCAGAUGGGUCUGCGUGGGUUACAUUUAUCCCAUCCGUCCCUUCCAGCAGGGCUGAAAGAAUUGAAAGGUGAAGAUGACAUCUCAUCGAAGGUGACACCUAUUAUACCUGCCCUUAAUUGUGCCCUGCUAGAAGCAAAGAAGUCAUUUACUGAAGAAGGAGUCUGUCCAAACACAUUAAUAAAGCAUAGUUUCCAAGAACUGUGCAAGGCAGACAAAGGCCCUGCGUUGACUGCUGCUUCCCAAGAUGGAAUUCAAGAGACUACAUUCUUUGGCCAACUGUCCAAUGGCUUUGACUUGGCUCCUCCAGCAGAAAAGUGCCCUUUGCAGUCUUUAACUCAGUUGAAGUCUUAUUUUUCAGAUCCCAGUGGGUACGUUUUGGAAGUGUCUGCUGCGUUAGAUUUCUUGGCAGAGCGUCCUCAGUCCCCUUGCAUCUCAGAUGGAGUUUGUGAUGCCGGGUUCUCUUUAGUUGUGACUCCAGAUCCUGAACUUCUGGACUCCGAGGUGGAAGUAAGAAAAGAAACUGAAACCAAAAAAAACCCUGAAGAAAUGUCUAAAGCCAGGCGGGGAUCUCUGGUUCCGUUAAGUGCAGCAUCCAACCUGAGAGUUCAGCCUAAGAGAAAGGCAAGCACGCCGCCCUCUGUGCCGAGCAAAAGGGUGCACUUGUGCCGUCCCUUCCCCAAAAGAAAUCCCGCCGGAGCGAGCAAGGGUUCGAGCUCUCCAACAACUCUCAAGUUAGUUAAAGGACCGUUGCUUCCGAAAAGAAAAAGAGGUGCUGACGUGCUGGCUGCACACUUUGUACAGACAACCCAAUUGGAUCGGAAAAACCAAGACGCUCACAUUUCUAAUGAUGCUCCAGUGGCAACGAAUGCUAAGAGGGCAAGGAAACCAGAGAAAUCUCCAGUCAAAACUGUUCCAAGGCCUAAGCCUCCCGUGAAGAAAUCUCCACAAAAGCAGAGGGUAAACCUAGUAAAAGGCAAUCAGAAUCCCAGAAUCAGGAAGCAGCCACAACCUGCAAAAGGAGAAGCUGGUUCACAGCUUCCAUCAGAAAUCUCGUCGGUUGGCCGGGAGGAUGUUAUUAGCACCGAGACAGCUCCGACGGAAGACAGCUCGGUGGCUCCGAGAGAUCUGCCUGAGAACUCCAUGGUCACCUGUGACUCCCAAGCCCUGAAUAUGCUAGCUGACCUAGCACUGAGAGCCGCUACAUCUGCCACGCCUCCGUCUGAACCCAGACACUUGCCCUGUUCCUCUGAAUCACCGCAAAAUGAUGCUUUGCUUUCUAAAGAACAUUCUGUACGUGGUACAUCUGACCAUGAAUAUCACAGAGGAGUUAAAAAUCAAAAAUGUGGACUGUUACCUAAGCCUGCCUCUCAGAAAAAGAGUAGUCCGGCGUCCGACUGUCCCGUCAGCCAAGAGGAGGAGAGCUUGGCUCCCGCCAGUCCAGCCCCCGUGGCAGUCCCAUCAGCCCUUCCCGAGGAGACACUGGAAACCCAUGAUGCAAGCCAAAGCUCUUUUGUUGCCGUGGAACAUUCCUAUGCCCUGCUCCUUGCGGAGCAUUCGAAGAGAUAUCUACAGCAGAGAGGGAUCCCCAGCCCCGCUUUCGCCAAGAACGGCCCCAAAGGCCCUGAAGCGGGAACCCCCGUGGGGAAAGUGAUGCCGUUCCGGCACCAGCAGAGCACCUCCCCGCUGCAGAAGCUGUGCGAGGACCCGGCGCUCAAGCGCAGGGGUAGGCUGCUGUCCUCCAGCCUGAGGGACUCCCGUUGCUCUCAUACCGUGUUCAGCUGUGACGGCUCCUAUAAGGUCACUUUCAAAUGUGACACAGAAUAUGUAUUCAGCUUGGACAGCAAAUAUACCAACAACCCCCUGGAGAAGACUGUCAUCAGAGCACUGCAUGGGCCCUGGAACACUGACUUGCCGGAUAAUGUGGAAGAGGUGAAGCUUUUACUGCACACGUGGGUAGCUCUGUUCUACGGCAAUCAAAACAAAGUCCUCCGGUCAUCCCGAAAAGUGGUAGAACACAGCAACCCAGCAAAAUACGUGUCUAUAAAUAGCACAUUAGAAUCUUUUGAAUUCAGUGAAAUCGAGGAGUCCUCCAGCGUGGAAAGAUAUUCUGUAGACCCUCUGUUGGAGACCAGCAAAACUCCCAGAGGUCGCGCUGCCGACGUUUCCUUCCCGGACGCGGACUCCUUGCUUCCCUUCAUGGAACCACCGCCCGCAGGAGGCUUGGAGUUCUGGGUACAGAAUGAACAGAAAGACACGUUUGCCAGAGAAGGGCAUCCAGAUCCCCCAGGAAGCCAGAAUUUCAUUUAUUCUUGUCAUAACGAGAUCAUUGGGGAAGCAGCUGAACGAGGCCCAUCAGAUAAGCUGGAGACUUCCGGUCUUGUUCUUGCUAGUAUUGGAAGUACCCAAGCUAAUGGACCUGCCAUUCCCGGCGCAGACAAAACCUUUGAGCCACUUGAUAGCACAGGAGCGACUUACAACGAUACUGUCACACAGACCACAUUCAGCAGGACUUACGAUGGGCUCGGCGAUCCGCUGGUGAUCUGUCAGAAAUCUGCAUACGGUGCCCUUGACAGCGCGGGGGAUGUCUUCCACACAGCGUCGCAAAUAGAACCCAGUGCUCUCCAGGGCCUCAUCCGGCAGAGCAGCCCCCUGAGCGGAGACUGUCAGCCUGCCCUGGAGAGGAAGGGUGAUCCAGAGUAUGUGAUGAUUAAUCUGGAACCAGUUACCUUCACUUUUGAAAAAAAUACCUACGUCCCAGUACAGACAGACGUCCCAGUGCAGACGGACGUUGUAAAUACAGGCCGCGAACCGACAGCCUUUCAUCCGGAGUGGAUUACACCGGUGUCACCUACGGGGAGUCUGAGGCAUCCUGCAUCUGCUUUUGAAAAGGCACAAACACAGGGCCUUAGGGACGGUCCCUCUCCCACAGUGUCCAAGCAGAAAGGUACUAAGUACCUUUGCGCCGCCUCACUCAGCGAAGAGGUACCUGCGGAAGAAAUGUGUUCGCUGCGAAAAGGGAUUCCGGUUCCAUCCGGCAGCUUGGUGGUGGCGGAGGCGUUGUCGUCCUUUGAAGGUUCUAAUUAUCCGGCACCCGGAGAAGAGACGAAGCCCUCUCAAGAGCUUUUCCUGCACACCCCGAGCCUCCUUGGCAUAUCUGCGGAAGAGAUCAUAGAGCCGUCCCAGGUGAAAGACGCGGUCUCGCCAGCCGCCUCUGCCGCCCUGGGACACGGUUCCGUGCGUGACCGCGCUCCGCCGGCGGGUGGCGCCGCAGUCGGCUCCUCGGAGCCCGUGCGGGACGGGCGCGGGCUGAAGAGUGAGCAGAGGAACUUUGAGUCCUUUCCUACCGCUUGUACCAAACAAACCGGCCUCUCAGGGAGCAGAGAGGAGGCCAGCCUGGAGUUCUCAGAGGAGGAUUCCGACAUCGACCUCACUCUGAUAUCGCCGCCCACCAGCCCCAGAGAAGGGGCGCCGGCGGGGGGACCGGGGGAGGCCCCCGGGGCAAGUUUGGAACUUCAGGACGCGACUGAAGAGAUCAUUGAGCCAGAAGAGGUGACUCUCCUAGAAGACCCAGAGGUAGAUUCUGCGAAUUAUACCUCCAUGUUCCCUACGAUGCCUGAGAAGUCGUUAGAGAGUAAGGAGAGGAAAGGUGACAGUUUACAAACUGUUACCUUAAUACUUUCUAAAGAAACUUGCGCCCUUGAGAUCGCAGAGGAAGUGAAUGUCACCUCAGACUUUCCUUUUGCUUCUUUAAUUGAAGAAGUGUCACCAGCUUCCAGUCCUGACCGCCAGGAUCCGGUCGAAGCAGCACAUCCACCUCAGGCCUUGUCUCUGUGUGGUCUGCAGCUGGCCACACUGGGUGAGGGAAAUGACAGAUUCUCCCGGAUGGGGUCUGUAAACUUGGCCUUGACGGAGAAAGAACAUUCUUUUGUUGGUCCUACUUAUCCGGUGGAACAAGAUAACUUAGGUGGAGUACAACAGCUGCAGAUCUGUGCCGAGAUGCCUGUCGUAGGAAGUCAGCAUCCAGAAAGAAGAGACGGCUGUCUGACCCUGCCUGGUGAGCUAACUGAGGAGAUUGGCCCAGGGGAGCAUGGCGAGGGCUUCUCUGUCUCAGAAAAGCUGCCGUUCCGUGCUCCGGAGCUGGGCCAGCCUGCCGUGACUGCCAGAUACGGAGAGGAUGUCAAGCUUUCUCUAGAACAACUGGUGCCAUCAGGAAACCCACUGCAGCCAGUUAGCAUCCAAAACAGGAAUUUCAGUUCUCUUGUCUUGGAGACCAAUGAGCCUCCAUGGAGUCCUACAAAGAUGAUUGAAAAUAAGUCUUUGGCAGACACAUUUGUUUCUACAACUGCUCCAAGUGGUACAGUGAAUGUGGCACUAAAAGAGCAGACCAGCCCUGAAAGUAUCGGGAAUCAUCUCUUCAGCGGUGGUGUGAAGACAGAUGAAGGCCUUUACCUGCAGGCUCGGUCCUUGAGCUCUUGCUCAGCUGGCGGGGCUGAUACACAGACGCGUGGGCACUCAGAGAGCCCCAGACUGGCUUUUCCCUCAGAUGGGGCUGCCUUACCCCGCUGUCCCAGACCCAUGGACACAGAGACCGGGGUCCAGACACAGGAAAUCUCAGUGGUCAAAAUGGCCAGUUUGCUUAAGAAUAGUGAUGCUGAGGCCAGGUUCCAUGAAGAAGUCACAGAUCUGGGAGGUGUUGACUCCCAGUCAAGCACCACAUCUCCGGAAGACAAACCAGACACAGUUCAUGUGCGGCAAGAUCGGGCAGUGUGUGAAACAAAAGAUCUGCUGGACGCUGGGCUUUUCCCCAUGUGUGUACCUGCGGAUUCAUACCAUAAAACAGCCAUCACUGGUGAAAAUACCAGUAGAGAGCCUUGUGCUUCCGUUGUUCCCCCGACUUGUGCCCCUCUUAGUUGUGGAGUCUCUGAAGAGCAGACAGCAAGUCAGGCCUCUGGUGAGGGGCUCAGAGCCGAGGAGGACUCGGGGACCGUGGGUAGAGACGUGCAUGUCAGUGUGAAUUCUGAGAUCCAGUAUGAGCCGCUUUCUGGAGAGUCUGAUCAGGACUCUUGCGGGGGCUGUAGAAAUCCCAAAUCAGAGGUAGAGAGUUCCUGCCCUUUGAGGUGUAGUCAAACCAAGAAAGAAGAAGAUACUUCGAAAGAUGAUUAUGACUCUUUCCCGAGCCUGAAUAACAGUGAUAAUGAAGAGUGGGGCUACUCUCCCCCUGCCCCAGGGCUGGAGACGGGCACUGCUCCCAGACACUGGCUCGUUGGGUUCAAGAAAGAAGACAGGUAUGUGCCCCCGUAUAUCCAGAUCCGAGACCUCCACGGCAUCCCCAGGACUUACGCUAAUUUCACCGUAACGAAAGAGCUGACAGAUACCACGAGAACUUUGCACAGCCUGAGGCGGCACCCCAAUUUCACUGCGAAGUGUGGCUUGCUCAGCUCCUGGACAAACACCUGGCAGGUGGCCGAUGACCUCACCCAGAACACUUUGGAUCUGGAGUAUCUGCGUUUCGCACAUAAGCUAAAACAAACGGUGAAGAAGGGAGAUUCUCAGCCUUCUGCCUCCUCCACCAGCGUCUUUGCAAAGGAGGCCCCUCUCCAGACGGCUGCUGGAGCUUUCCCUCUGACAAGAGUCCCCGAGUCCCCGGCUCUGCAGCUCGCGUCCCGGAGCCGGAGUCCCCUUGUGGUCACGGUGGUGCACUCGGGCGCCCGGCCGCCGAGCCCGCGCGGGAGAGGCCACGCGCCCGGCAGAUGGGACGCUUCUUCCUCGCGGAGCGAGAGCGGCGGCCCCGGGAGAAAUCCGCGGGCGGAUUCCGAGACAAACCAGGCGGCUUCAUUCCACCUCAACAGGCUGAGGUACAGCACCGGUUUCAGAGAAUCCCGGAAAGAUAUUUCACUUAUCCUCCGCGAAUACGCCGAAUUCACCAAGGCGGUGGCGAGCAGCAAGCCGGCGCUUUGCCCGGACAGGGAGCGCGGCGGGGCCCCCGGGGCGGCCGCCCCUCGCGAGCCGCGCGCCGCCUUCCCGCGGGCGGCCUCCUACGAGGACCUGGUCACGGACCUGUGCGCCAGCCUGCACGUCAGACUGAUGAGCGUGGUCAAGGAGGCCUGUCGGAGCCCCUGCCUCUUCUACCUCGUGGAGACCGAGGACCCGUCGUUCUCUGUGAGAGCAAAGAGCGUCCUGCGGAAAGGGGGCCACACGGAAGUUGAACCUCAGCAUUUCUGUCAGGCCGUCCACAGAGAGAAUGACACGCUCCUGGUCAUCAUCAGAAACGAGGACGUGGCGUCGCGCCUGCACCAGAUCCCCUUCCUGCUGAAGCUGAAGCACUUCCCCAGCGUCCUCUUCGCGGGAGUCGACGGCCCCGAGGACGUGCUCAAGCACACCUACCAGGAGCUCCUCCAGACGGGCGGCUUCGUGGUCUCGGACGACAAGAUCCUAGAAACCGUGACAUUAGCUCAGCUGAAGGACGUGGUCAGGACCCUGGAGAAGCUGAACGGACACGGGAGGUGGAAGUGGCUGCUUCACCACAGGGAAAACAAGAAGCUAAGAGAAGCCACCAGAGUGGACCCGGUCGCACGCAGAAAGAACUUGAUCCUGAAAUCCUGUCAGAGUGCAAGUCUCAUCGAACCGCUUCCUUACCACCAGUGUGACUCCCGAGCACCCACGAAAGCCGAACAUUUAAAAUGCCUGCUAAACCUGCAAAUCCAGCACGUCCACACCCGGUUCGCGGUCUUCCUAACAGAAAAGCCAACUGUCUCCAGAGAAGUUUUUGAAAAUAGUGGCAUCCUUGUUACAGAUGUAAAGCACUUCAUUGAAAACGUACCAAAAAUAGCAGCUCCGUUUAAGAGCAGCUAUUGGGGCGGAAUUGCUGUCAGUUUGGCCUAAGUGGGAAUUUCGGAAGGAGCCACCUGCUUCAGAGGAGCCCGUUUUUUCUGAAGGACACCAGUCGUCGCCUGCAGUUCACCGUGUUCCCAGGACGGAAGAGAACAUGCAUAAGUCCCCGUGAGACGGCCUCCUCUUUCUAAAAACCUUUCUUGAUUGUUCUGUUUAAAGAUGAAAUCAUCAAUUUUGUGUUUGUCCAGGUGAUCAGCGGGCCUAGGCCACGCCGCCGCCACCAACCAAUUCCGUUUCCUUUUACUUGAAAACUUUUUCGAUAAACAGCAGUUUUCUCAUAUUUGAAAAAUCACUGUUCUCCAACUUGAGAGUUUUCCUUCGUUUCUUUAUACCUUGUAAAAUCUUGGCCUUUGUUCACAGCGGGACGCCAGCUGUCCACAAGCGUUCGGCUGCAGUGGUCAUACUGGUUUAAAUUAUUUUCCAUUUUUACAGAGAGCCUUCAAAGCUAUUAAUUAAGCUCACUAUUAAAAAGAAUUUUACAAACACGUUUACUUAGUUGUAGCAAAAUAUAAGUCUGUUUUAACAGAUAGCUUUGUUUUUGCAUGUUCCUGUCUGAAAGGCGUAGGUAGUGCAUGUUAGUUUGUGUUCCAGGCUUCACCGCCCUCGGACAAGCUGGGAUCUCGCGCAGUGCACACGCGGGUGUUCUAGCAACACUACAGUAAGUUCUGUUACAGAUCUAUAAAUUGUCAGUUUCCACUUACUCACGUUUUGUAAAUAUUGCACUACAAAAAUCAACCCUCUAAGGAAGAAAAUCUUUUAUUUAUGGUAUUAAAUAAUUUCUACUUUAAUCUUUGAACUCAAAACCAAGCAAAAUGUAGAUACAUAGUAUCUAUUUGGAACAAAUUUUUGUAACUAAUUUGUUUCAUUUUUUUAAAUAAAGACAACUAAAAAAA